UUUUUUUGCGUUCAGUAGACGGAUUUUUCUGCCAAAAUUGAGCUCCGCGUUAACGUAAAAACGACUUUAUGGAUAAAACGUGUCGGUGAAAUGCCUGACAAGCUUUGUUAUACGCUGCUUUUGUUGGUUGUUGUUGUUUUUUUGCUAGUUAAAAAAAAGUAGACAGAGUUGUUAGCAGGCUAGCUAGCUGUUAGCUUGCUAACGGAAGAAAUACACGGCCUGGAGUUUGUUCUAGCUUUGCAACAUUAUUAAUUCGAGUGAUAUACAAGAAAAUUUAUAGCGCUCCUCAACGAUGGAUUCGAAGCCUCGCCGGCUGCCGUUCACGGUCUCCAGCUCCUCUUCUCUCUCUUCGUCGUCGUCCUUCUCGUCCUCGUCCUCGCCUCUGAGCGCCGGCCGGCUCUAUGGCAGAGGGAGCGUGCUGGGGAGCGAGCGCUUCAGCAGAGGCGCUGUGGGAAAGCUAGACUCAGACUACCAGAGCCCCCGUAUUCCGGGAUCCAGCAGGGAUUACAGCUCUUCGGAGAGCUGCCACUCCAGAUGGAAGAUGUCCAUGCCCCUCUCUUCCUCUUCCUCCUCUUCAUCCCCACCAUGGGCGGAGUCCUCUUAUGGAGGAAGAAGCAAACCUGUUGAGUCAGAGAGAGGAUUAGGUUCGUAUUCCAGUCUCCUCAGUUCAACUCAAGACGAUGAAUCGAAAAGAGCCAAGCUGUCUUACACGAGUAGAUCGGCGUACAGCAGAACCCCGGCUACAUCUACAGCCAGCAGCACCUACUCAAACAUGGGAGAUUCUUUGUGGAAGUCCAGCCUCAGCCCUCUGUCCCGGUCCUCUUCAUCCUCCUCGUCUUCAUCAGACGAUCUGUGGGCUCGCAGAGACGUGGAGAAGAGGACGGACUCGGGCCUGUCUGGUCUGGGAGAGGCCAGCUACAGGUCCACACCACUGACCUCCUCACUGUAUCGCCCAGAGCGUGUGACCUCUACCUAUGCCCAGGGAGCUCGACCCAAAGAGAGCCUGUACUCCUCGUCCCGCAGGGAGAACAGUACCUCAUCCAGCCGCCGUCUUUCCUCCGACUUUGUCCCAUCCUCGCAAAGGCUGGUCUCCGACUACCAGCCCAGUCCCCGUCUCUCCCGAGACUCGACACGAAACUCCACCUCCCUCUCUGACCCAUUUUCCCACUCCUCCUGGAGCUCGUCCCCUUACACGCCUCUAUCCGCACGCAGCUCUAGCCCGCCUCCGUCUAGCCCUGCUCCUGUGCCAAACCCCACCUCUGAGGGCGGAGAAUCGGACGGCAGAAGCACGACCCGUCGACUGUUGUCCCGCCUCUUUUCUAGACGCUCCAGCCAGGAGUCGAGCUCUGCCUCUGGUUCCAAUUCAGCCUCGAGAUCCUUUGACUCCUGGCCUGAGGAGGCGUCCCCGUGUGAGCCCCAACUUGCACCCAGAGAGAGGGAGAACUCUGAGUCGGAGCUGAGGAGCUCCUGGCUCAACUGGAACCGCUGCAACCCGCUGUUCUCCCGCCGCAGGAGAGAGGGACGAGACGAGAGCGCUCGCAUGGAUGCCCACUCGUCUACGCACAUCCCUCUCAGCAGCCCUGACAGCGGGAGAAAAACUUCCAGUCAGGAACAAGAAGCGGAGGAGGAGGAAGAGGAGGAGGAGGAAGAGGAUGAAGUGUCGGAGGGAGCAACGGCCGCUCCUCCAACCAGAGCCUCGGGACUCUCCUCCCUCUUGCAGGAAGCUGCACGGAUCCCUGGGCGGAGCCCUGGCGUCGCCCGGGUGAUGACUGGCCCUCUGUUCCGCAUGCCCCAGAACGUGAUUAUAGGAUUGGAUACAGCAGUGGAUGGACAGAAUCAGGCUGAGGCGCAAGGGAAAGAGAAACCUGCUCCUUCUAGAGAUCCGGAGAGACUUCGGAAGAUUCAGGAGAGCCUGCUGCUGGAGGACUCGGACGAAGACGAAGGGGAUCUUUGCAGGAUCUGUCAGAUGGGAGAGACCUCGAGCUCGAACCCGCUCAUCGAGCCAUGCAGGUGUACAGGCAGCCUGCAGUACGUUCACCAGGACUGCAUCAAGAAGUGGCUUCGCUCCAAAAUCAGCUCUGGCUCAACCCUGGAAGCCAUCACUACCUGUGAGCUGUGCAAAGAGAAGCUGCACCUGAACAUUGAGAACUUUGACAUUAAUGAGCUCUACAGGUCUCAUGAGCGGUCGGAGUACGAGUUCAUCAGCUGUGGCCUUUACCUGGUGGUGCUGCUGCAUCUGUGUGAGCAGAGGUUCUCCGACGUGCUGGGCGCGGUCAACGAAGCCGGGUUUUUCAACUUGGCGAGAACUCUUCACGAACACAUGGACAAUCUUGAAAACUCCUAUGCUGAAUCUGAUGAAGACGAUGCACAGAACAGGCCGUCCAUCGACUUCGGUGACCUAGAGGACGACGAAGAGGAGGAGGAGGAGGAGGAGUUUUAAUUGUAAGCAGGAAUAUGGAUCCGUCUCCUGUCGACUGGCCGUGCAGCCACUCGAAUAGGCCCAGCGAUGGCGCCGUAAAAAUACUGUCCGCAGCCCUAAAGGAGGGCUUUCACAAUAUGCAGAUGCACCCGUCUCAGGGGUGUGUGCGUGUGUGUCUCACCUCCCCUUAGGAUUUUUUGAUUGAGAAUUUUAUUUUUCAGUUUUUAGAUUUUGCAUCUGAAAUUUGCCGAGCGCAUUAUAAAGCUUUAUUGCGUGAGAAGUUGAAGGACUUUAAGGUGUGUUGUGUGCUGUGCUCGCACACAGACCGGGCUGAGGGUGGAGCGACGGGCGAAGGUGGCUGUGGCUGAUCAUUAGCAAGGCAAAUCUAAACCUGUGUAGGUGUUUUAUAAGGUGAUGAAUUUGAAUUUAAUAUCAAACAUGGUUGGAAAAAUAAAUCCCCUUUAAUUUCUUUUUGUUUAUGUGACAAAUGGAUUUUCUUUGAAGCGAGUUUCGAUCGAAGAGUAUGAGCGCAUGGUCUGCUGUUCCACUGUCUGUCUAAAUGUUGCUUUCUAAAAAUGUAAUUUGUCCUGCUUACACAUUUUUCUUGAUUAUUACAAUAAAAGUUUUUGAUGUAUGGAGGUACAUCACACGCA